GGGAAUGAACCCGCCGGCACCGUGCUCCGGUGUCGCCCGUGACGCCAGUUCCGGGUCGGAAGCGAUGGCUGCGUGCGGCAGUGCUGGCGACGCGGCGAAGUUGCUGCAGUUCAUCAGGUUCAUCGGGCAGCUGAAGCGGGUACCUCGAACAGGUUGGGUGUAUAGAAAUGUGAAAAAGCCUGAGAGUGUGUCAGACCACAUGUACCGGAUGGCUGUUAUGGCAUUCUUAAUUGAAGAUCAAAAACUCAACAAAGAAAGAUGCAUUAAAUUGGCCCUGGUUCAUGAUAUGGCAGAAUGCAUUGUGGGUGACAUAGCACCAGCAGACAAUAUUAGUAAAGAGGAAAAACAUAGAAGAGAAGAAGAGGCUAUGAAACGUUUAACAGGACUCUUAAGCAAUGAUGCAAGUAAAGAGAUCCUAGAGCUUUGGCAGGAAUAUGAAAACCAGUCAAGUAAUGAAGCCAAAUAUGUGAAAGAACUGGAUCGGUUUGAAAUGAUUGUACAAGCUUUUGAAUAUGAAGAGAUGGAAGAAAAACAUGGCCAUUUACAAGAAUUUUAUGAUUCAACAAAAGGAAAAUUUCAUCACCCUGAAAUUCUUCAACUGGUGGCAACUUUGAAUGCAGAAAGGGAUUCCAGAGAGACAAAAGGCAGCCACAGAGACUUCUCAGGAGAGUGCGUUGAUGCAUUAUGUUUAUAGCCCAAAAUUCAAGGACUUCAUUGGUGCAUUUCAGCACUCAGGUCAAUGUUUUUUUUUAUAAUUUUACCACUAUUCAUUUCAAAUAUUAGAGCGAAGGGGGAAAAAGGCU